GUUUAUCUUGCUCGCUGCAAGUGCUCCCUCAGCUGAGACAUGCACCCUGGUGCCGCAUGCUUUUUUCCCUCCUCUCUCUCUUUUUUAUGUUUUCUUCUUGUUGUUUUUGUUUUGAAAUGUGUAAAGUGAAGAGUUCCUCUUCCCCCCCUCUCCCUUUCCCUUCCAAAGAACCAACCUCCAGCUAAUUAAACGCUGGGACUGUUGCUACCGUGCCAGAGGGGAGAGUGAACCUGUGCCUGCAUGUGUGUAUGUGUAAAAUAGAUACAAAAAUGUCAAUGAACAGCAGGAAAAGUUCUGGGAGACCGUCCUACUACUAUCGACUGCUCCGGAGGUCACGACUUCAGAGACAGCGCAGCCGAUCCCGGAGCCGGAACAGGCCGCUUAGUAGGGAGUCCCCCCCGGAGCGGUGUGGGCAGAGGCGCAGCAUGCCCAGCGGGGGCACUGAGAAGAACCCCACCAUGGAGCCUGCUGCCACAACGCCCUUCCGGGUCACGGGGUUCCUCAGCCGUCGGCUUAAAGGCUCCAUCAAAAGGACAAAGAGCCAACCGAAGCUUGAUAGGAACAGCAGCUUCCGACACAUUUUACCUGGCUUCAGGAGUGUGGACAAUGAAAGAUCCCAUCUAAUGCCGAGGCUGAAAGAAUCACGCUCCCACGAGUCUUUGCUCAGUCCUAGUAGUGCUGUUGAGGCUCUGGAUCUCAGUAUGGAGGAAGAAGUGGUCAUCAAACCAGUCCACAGUAGCAUCCUGGGACAGGACUACUGCUUUGAGGUGACGACUUCAUCAGGAAGUAAGUGCUUCUCGUGUCGUUCCGCAGCAGAGCGAGAUAAAUGGAUGGAGAACCUGCGGCGUGCCGUGCACCCAAAUAAGGACAACAGCAGAAGGGUAGAGAAUAUGUUAAAGUUAUGGAUUAUUGAAGCCAAGGACCUGCCAGCCAAGAAAAAGUACUUGUGCGAAUUAUGCCUGGACGAGGUUCUGUAUGCACGAACUACCUGUAAAUUGAAAACUGAUAAUGUGUUUUGGGGGGAGCACUUUGAGUUUAAUAACCUCCCAUCGCUCAAAAACAUUACAGUGCACUUGUACAAAGAGACUGACAAGAAGAAAAAGAAGGACAAGACCAACUUCAUUGGGCAAGUGAACAUCCCUGUCAGCUCCGUCACGGGGAGGCAGUUUGUGGAGAAAUGGUACCCAGUGGUCGGCCCCAACCCCGGGAAGGGCAAGUCCCCAGGGCCCAUGAUCCGCAUCAAGUCACGCUACCAGAGUAUGAGCAUCCUUCCCAUGGAGAUGUACAAAGAGUUUGCUGAGUACAUCACUAACAAUUACAUGGUGCUGUGCUCGGUGCUGGAGCCCUCACUGAGCGUGAAGAACAAAGAGGAGAUGGCAUCCGCGCUGGUGCACAUCCUGCAGAGCACAGGCAAGGCCAAGGAUUUCUUGACUGACCUGAUGAUGUCUGAAGUUGAUCGCUGUGGUGAGAAUGAGCAUCUCAUUUUCAGGGAGAACACGCUGGCCACCAAAGCCAUCGAAGAAUACCUGAAGCUGGUGGGGCAGAAAUACUUGCAAGAUGCCUUAGGGGAAUUUAUCAAGGCACUAUACGAGUCAGAUGAAAAUUGUGAGGUGGAUCCCAGUAAGUGCUCAUCUUCAGACCUUCCUGAACAUCAGAGCAACCUGAAAAUGUGCUGUGAGCUGGCCUUCUGCAAAAUCAUCAACUCCUACUGUGUCUUCCCAAGGGAGCUCAAAGAAGUUUUUGCCUCAUGGAGACAAGAAUGCAGCAACCGAGGCCGCCCAGACAUCAGUGAGCGACUGAUCAGUGCCUCCCUGUUCCUGCGGUUCCUGUGCCCGGCCAUCAUGUCCCCGUCCCUCUUCAGCCUCCUGCAGGAGUACCCAGAUGACCGCACUGCACGCACUUUGACCCUCAUUGCCAAGGUCACCCAGAACCUCGCCAACUUUGCCAAGUUUGGCAGCAAAGAGGAGUACAUGUCCUUUAUGAAUCAGUUCCUGGAGCACGAAUGGACUAAUAUGCAGAGAUUUCUACUGGAGAUUUCCAAUCCCGAAACCAUCUCCAACACAGCUGGCUUUGAAGGAUACAUUGACCUGGGCCGGGAACUGUCCACUUUGCACUCACUACUCUGGGAAGUCAUUUCUCAACUGGAGCAGAGCACUGCAACAAAACUUGGGCCUCUGCCUCGGAUCCUGAGGGAUGUGAACGCGGCGCUCAGUAACCCGGCCUGCCUGCAGGUCUCGGUCGCGGCCGAGCACGCCGUGUCCACGCCCAGCGCUGGCAACAGCAUCUCCGCGGGGCUGCAGAAAAUGGUGAUAGAGAAUGACCUGUCUGGUCUGAUAGAUUUCACACGGUUACCAUCUCCAACCCCUGAAAACAAGGACUUGUUUUUUGUCACAAGGUCUGCUGGGGCCCAGCCCUCACCUGCCCGAAGCUCCAGUUACUCAGAGGCCAAUGAGCCCGACGUGCAGAUGUCUAAUGGCAGCAAGAGUUUGUCCAUGGUGGACUUGCAGGACAAUCGGCUCUUGGACAGUGGGGCCAACGCGCCUGGCACGGCUGACUCCCUCAAUGACAGUCAGUCCUCCCUCGGGCAGUUGCAGGGCAUAUGGACCACACGGACUCAGCAGAACAGCGUGACGGCCAUGGCCACCGUGCGCCGGGUAGGCCAGACCCCCACCACACCGAGCGGCGAGAGCGCGCCCGGCCGGCCCCAGCUCCUGGCGCCCCUCUCCUUCCAGAAUCCUGUCUACCAGAUGGCCGCCGGGCUCCCGCUGUCCCCCCGCGGCCUGGGCGACUCCGGCUCCGAGUGCCACAGCUCGCUCAGCUCCCACAGCAACAGCGAGGAGCUGACGGCCACCAAGCACGGCUUCGCCACCCCCGCCGCCAGCGAGGACUUCUCCCGCCGGCCGGGGGAGCUGGCCCGCCGGCAGCUCUCGCUGACGGAGAAGGGCGGCCAGCCCACCAUGCCGCGGCAGAACAGCGCUGGACCGCAGCGGCGGAUCGACCAGCCGCCCCCGCCGCCCCCGCCCGUCACCCGCGGCCGGACGCCACCCUCCUUGCUGAACACGGUGCAGUACCAGCGACCCUCCAGCGGCACCAUGAUGUCCUCCUCCCCAGACUGGCCCGGCAGCGGGGCCCGCCUCCGGCAGCAGUCCUCCUCCUCCAAGGGCGACAGCCCUGAGAUGAAGCAGCGCACGAUGCACAAACAGGCCCCUUCUCCUGUGAACCCCAAUGCCCUGGACCGCACUGCUGCUUGGCUUUUGAAUAUGAACAUGCAGUUUUUAGAAGAUGAAAGCAUUGACCCAGAUUCCAAGCACAGGGAUAAGCUCAGGAAUAAGGACGAGCUCAGCCAAGCAGAAAAGUACCAGCAGGACCUAGUGGUGCUGCAGGACAAGCUUCGCAUCUCCAACAAGAAGCUGGAGGAGUAUGAGACUCGCUUCAAGUGCCAGGAGGAGACAACACAGAAGCUAAUGCUGGAGUACCAGGCCAGGCUGGAGGAGAGCGAGGAGCGUCUCCGGAGACAGCAGGAGGAUAAGGAGAUCCAGAUGAAGGGCAUCAUCAGCAGACUGAUGUCAGUUGAGGAGGAGUUAAAAAAGGACCAUGCAGAAAUGCAGGCUGCUGUGGAUUCCAAGCAGAAGAUUAUUGAUGCACAGGAGAAACGCAUUGCUUCCUUGGAUGCUGCCAACGCACGGUUAAUGAGUGCCCUUACUCAACUGAAAGAGAGGUACAGCAUGCAGACACGUAAUGGGAUCUCCCCCACAAACCCAACUAAAUUGCAGAUUACAGAGAAUGGAGAAUUCAGAAACAGCAGUAAUUGUUAACGCGUGGAGGGCGCUGCCGCAGGAGAGGAGGCCUGGCCAGAGAGACCGUGCAGCAGCAGGUGUGAGCCGCGGCUUCAGAGAACAGCUGCUCUGUCCCCCCGAGAUCCCAGCUCCUUUCUGCGGACGGCGCGCUUGACUGAGCCUUGGUGGGAGAUGCUAAUGCCAGCACCUUGAGGGGACGGAGAGAUGGAGUGUGAGAUGAGUGGCAUAAGGAAAUAACACAGAUUUGAGAAUCACUGUCACUGUUGGAUUUAAAUCAGUGUUUAAUGUUUAAACAAAAAUAACCUUUUCCUCCUAAACUGCCCAAACGAUAUGCCCCACUCCUCCCAGCAAGGAAUAACGUCCUUGUCAUUGCAGUAAGCGAAAUAAAGGGAGCUGGGCAGAGCCUGCAGCAGGCAGCGGCCCAGUAAGUCCAGUUAGAGCGUGCUGCUGGAUGUGGCCUGUGCCUCGCCCUCCCGAAGCACAGCCCUCUCCCAAAGCAAGCCCCAAGCCAAGCCCAGCGUCUUUCCUUAGGUAGCUUUUAUAAGGCCACUUUUACAGCAGGUGACCCACCCGCAGGGCAUUUUAGCAGCUGCUUAGCAGUUAAUUGACUCCACCCGCGUAGGGAGCACAGUCUAGACAGGUCAGGGUGCACCCUGUGUGAAGUGGUAGCCAAAGGGGUGCUGCAAGGAGUCAUGGUGAUGGGGCAGGGAAGGGCAUGACUGGUACUGCUGGGGUUCCUGGGGGUCCCUGGGCACCUCAGGGAGCAGAGCAAGCCCAAGGCUCUGCACAAAAUUAAAGGGAGCAGCUGGCACCUGGUGAAUGGCGACUUGCCUCCUCUCUACAGAUCCAGCUCUGUCAGAAGUAAUGGGGAAGAGUCUUUGUAAGCAAUAGCCCCAGGGCACUGACACACACACACUCUCUUCCAGCCGCAGAAUAGAAAGUAAAUGUCGCCUGAGCUUGGUCCCUGAGCUGUGAACGAGGGACAGGGGCUGGAUUUCCUGGUGCCCAUUGUGGUGAGGGGGAGUGAGGGGCUACGUGAAGUGGCCACUUUGAAGAAGGGUUCGUUAUGGGGAUGUAAUGCUCUGUGCAGAGAAUUUUUUUGCUAUUUCUGGGGAGAAAAACAAGAAAAACGCCCUGAAGAAGCAUGAAGAUCGGUAAUUGUAUUUCUUUUCUUUCACAGUAUGCAUUAGAAAAAAAAAGAUCUCAUUUUCUGGAAUACUGUCCUCUUUAAAUUGGGAAUGAGCACUGCAUGGAAAUUAACCGGCUCGAAGAAUGUAAAACAUGGUCAUAAGGGAGUAACCAACAAGAACAGCAGCCACCACCGAAAGCCCCCUUGUCAGGAGCACUGUGCAGGCAUAAGCCAGGAUUAGACUUUCCUAACUGCUGCCAUGCAGAUUCGGCACCCUCAGACACGUUGUGCUCAGCGGAGGGGUCACCUCCUUAACGGGGGAUUGUGCCGCUGACCUGCCGCCACGGUGUGUUUGUUGGUUUGUGGUUCGGGGUUUGGGGUUUUUUAAGUUAGUCCUUCAUGACUCCCACUCUCAGAGCAGGUACUCGUACCACGAGCCAGAGAGAGUCCUCUGAGACAUGGAUGACAGUGUACAGUGUACAGGACAUCUGCCUAUUCCUCCCACUAAAGUUAAUACACUGCUCAACGCCUGUCCUAGCUCCUCCUGCCAUGUGUAAAUGUACAGUCAAAGGGACUAGGCUGUUCACUGAGCUCUGCACAGCUUAGGUACCGUCUCCAGCCUCACACUACCCAGGCUGCCUGAGCAGGACACUAUUUGCCAGUAAGCUCUGCCUUGCCAUGCUGCCCCACAGCCGUAAGGCUCAUUAACAACAUUCUUCCAUGUGCAAUUUCUAUCAAAAUUAAAGAUGCCUUUUUUUUUUCCUCCUCCUAAACGUUUUUCUGCUCCCUGGAAGCCCUGGGCCAAGCCUGGUGCAGCUUGGUCUGUGGAGGAGUGGAUGUGUUGCACUGAGGCUUCCACCCCCUGCCAACGCCUGCAGA